GUUUAGAGUAAAACUAAACCCCAUAGUCUUUUCUUCAACAUGUUCCGUUGCACAGCUUUACUCGCCAUUAUCGGUUGCGCUUUUGCCGCCUCUAUACCCGAAGACUUGGAUGGUCGCAUAGUAAAUGGUGUUGAUACCACCAUACAGGCUCAUCCCUAUCAGGUUUCUUUGCAAACCAACAGUGGCUUCCAUUUCUGUGGCGGCUCGAUCAUCAGCGAGGACAUCAUCGUAACAGCCGCCCAUUGUAUGCAAAAAUACAAAGCUUAUGAAUUCAAAGUACGUCUUGGUUCCACUCAAUACAAUGCCGGUGGUGAAUUGGUUGCUGUCAAGUCUUUCCGCAGUCAUGAAGGUUACAAUCCCAAAACUAAAGAAUAUGAUGUUGCAGUCAUUAAAAUGGCCACGCCAGUGCGUGAAUCCUCCAAAAUCCGUUACAUUAAAUUGACUGAGAGGACACCUGCUACUGGUACUUUGGCUGUUAUUACUGGUUGGGGUUCCAAAUGUUUCCUGUUAUGCACUAAAACUCCUACUGUUUUGCAAGAAGUCGAAGUUGAUAUUGUGGAUAAAAAAGUUUGUGCUUCCAACGAGUACAAGUACGGUGACCAAAUCAAAGAAACUAUGUUGUGUGCUUAUGGUGUGAAGAAGGAUUCUUGUCAAGGUGAUUCUGGUGGCCCCUUGGUGGCUCAAAGCCGUUUGGUUGGCGUGGUUUCUUGGGGUAAUGGCUGUGGUCGUAACGGCUAUCCUGGUGUUUACUGUGAUGUUGCCUCAGUACGCAGCUGGAUCGAAAAGACGGCUAGAGAUUUGUAAAUUUCUUGAGGAGUUUGAGUUGUUAAUAAAAUUUUGUAAAUGUUCAUAAUUAUA